AUGUCUAUCAACUUUCUAGGAGAUAACUCUACCACUAUUGCACUUGGCGCAAAAGUCAAGGACAUCAAGUUCAAAUACACGAAUGGAAAAGAGGCAACGAUUGCAGAAGGUGAAAAGGCCAACCUAGAGGGUGAGGCAUAUGAAGCAUACGUCACCUACAACAAUGGUGUCGUCAAGGCCUUCACGGUCUCAGCCGGCUUUGUGUUCCCGAAAAAUGCCCUUGCCACGGUCGAAUUCUCGAUUGCGCAGACUACCAUUUCUGUGAUCAGCGAGAAGGGUGUUGGAGGUGAACUCAAGCUUGUCGCAGGCGUCUAA